AUGGUGGACAUGUGGGUACUCCGGUUCACGUUCCUGGGGGCACUCCUGCCUCUUUCCCUGUGUGAAUGCAAAACCCGCUGGUUCAACCGGGACAGUCCUUCUGGCGUUGGGGACUAUGAGCUCCUGUCUUACCUGCGGGAUGCGAAUCCUGAGGCGAUCUGCCCCGAACCCACUGCAAUUGAGGUCCAGACGGUGGAUGGGGUUCCUGCUUCCAAAACUGGGCAGACGUUCUUUCUGAAUUCUGCCGCCCUGGGCUUUGUCUGCCUCAACACCCAGCAAGGGAAGGGGGAACGAUGCCACAACUACCAAGUGCGCUUCAGUUGCCCACCCUCCUUCUGCUCCCCUACUCAGACGCCUCAGUCCGAACCGGAGCAAACCACCUGUGCGGAAAGCCAGGAGGGAGCACCCAGCCCUCAGGCGCCGAUCAGUCCAAAGGCAACCCCUCCUCCAGCCCAGACCCCUCCGCCUAAACCAGAGGAAACCACCAGCGCGGAGAGUCGAAAGGGAGGACCCACUCCUCAGGUUCCAGCUGGACCAGAGACAACUUUGCCUCCAGUCCAGACCCGUCAACCUGGACUAGAAGAGACCACCAUACGGAAGGGAGCACCCACCCCUCAGGCUCAAGAAAGGCCAGAGACAACCCUCUCCCAACCCCAGACACCUCAACCUGAGCCAGAAACAACCACCGCUCAGAAAGGAGGCAUGAAAGCAGAGUCCAAGGGCAGCAAAGAGGUGCUUUUUUGGCACCUCCAAACAGCAGCCGUGGCACCUUCCACCCACAUCCAUCCAAGGUGCGACCUGAAUCUCACCUCUAGCCCUUCUCCACAGGACCCACCCCCCAGGCCCCCGUUGGACCAAAGACAACCUUCCCCCCAGCCCAGACGCCUCACCCCGAGCCAGAAGAGACCACCACUCAGAAGGGAGGACCCACACCUCAGGGCCCAGUCAGGCCAGAAACAACCUUCCCCCCAGCGUGGACCCCCCAGCCUGAACCAGAAGAGACCACCACGGAGAAGGGAGGACCCACGCCUCAGGUCCCCGUCAGGCCAGAGACAACCUUCCCCCGAGCGCGGACACCCCAACCCCAGCUGGAGGAGACCACCACUCAGGAGGGAGGACCCACUCCUCAGGCUCCAGUGGGACCGGAGACCACCUUCCCCCCAGCCCAGACGCCUCAGCCUGAGCCGGAAGAGACCACCACUCCGAAGGGAGGUUCCAGUUGGGCCAGAGACAACAUUCCCUCCAGUCCAGACCCCUCAGCCUGAACCACAGGAGACCACAUGUGCUGAGGAUCAGAAGGGAGGACCUACCCCGCAGCCUCAAGUCAGGCCAGAGACAACCUUCCCUGCAGCCUGGACCCCCCAACCUGAACCAGAGGAAACCACCAGUGCUGAGGGUCCAAAGGGAGUGCCCACCCCUCAGGCUUCAGUCAGACCAGAGACAACACUUCCUCUAGCUCAGACACUCCAACCUGGACCAGAAUUGACCACCAGUGCAGACAGUCAGAAGGGAGUUUGCUGGACUCGCUGGUUUGACCAAGACAAUCCUGAGGGAACUGGAGAUCUGGAGCUCCUUGAAGAUAUUGUGGACAACCAUCUGGAUGAAACCUGCUCCCAGCCAAUGGGAAUAGAAGUCCAAACUCUCGAUGGGACUCCAGCUUCAAAAACUGGACAACAAUUUUCUGUAAAUGAUGCCAUCCUUGGCUUUGCCUGCAUCAACGCCUUCCAGGAGAAAGGACAGCGCUGCCACGACUACCGAGUGAGGUUUACCUGUCCACCAUCCUUCUGUUGCGGACAGGUCCAGACCAGGAAGGAGCCUACAAUCAUUGUAUCCACGGACUCUGUGCCAGUACAGACAACCCUCAAAACACCAAUACCAGUUUGCAAGACAAAGUGGAUAAACCGGGAUAAUCCCAAGGAAACUGGAGACAUCGAACUGCUCUAUUAUAUCAGGAAGAACUACCCCAGUGCUGUCUGCAAGAGGCCCAUUGCCAUAGAGGUCCAAACUGUGGACGGCAUCCCCGCUGACCAGACCGGACAGCAGUUCUACCGGAAUGAUGUGGUCCAUGGGUUUGCUUGUGUCAACGCCCACCAGGGAAAGGGGGUCUCCUGCCGUGACUACAAGGUGCGAUUCACCUGCACAGGCAGCUUUUGUACAGGCCUGGCUGAGAUGUACCAUGAAGAGCUGCUCUGUGAUGUCACUCUUAUCACUGAAGGACAGAGCUUCCCUUGCCACAGAGCUCUGCUGGCCGCGAUUAGCCCUUACUUCCGGGAUAUUUUCAUCAGUACUUGGGAAGAAUCCAAUGGCAAAGAGGUUCAGCUGCUGGAUGUGGCCCCGUCGACUGUCCAAAGCAUUCUUAAAUACAUCUACACAGAGGAAAUAGCCCUUAUGCCAGAUUCGGUUCAGUGCCUUUUUGUAGCAGCCAGCAAGCUACAGAUCAUACCCUUGCAGAAGCUCUGCUGCAGGUUCCUGCUGAAAAAUCUCUCUCUGCAGAACUGGUUUGAGAUGCAUAAUUUGGCUCAAUCUCAUAAGAACCGUGCUCUGCUUCAUGCUGUUACGCAACUCCUCAUUGGGAACUUUGAAAGGGUCAUUGAGGAAGGUGAGUUCCUCCAGCUGGAACCCAGCACAUUCAUCAGCCUGAUAGCUUCAAGUGACCUUGCCGUCGCUUCUGAGCUCACGGUGUACCAAACCGUCCGUCGCUGGGUGCAGGCAGAACCCAGCGAGCGCAGGCCCCUGCUUCUGCAGCUGAUGAGCUACGUUCGCCUCUCGCUCUUAACGCUAGAGGAGCAAGAAGAACUCCAGAAGGACCUGGAGCAGCGGAAGGACCUCAGGCUUGAGUGGAAGCGGCUGGACGGUAGGGAGAGGUUGCUCCAGACGAGGGGGCUCCGGCAGGGCAUGUAUAAGCCGCACAUUCUGUGCAUUGACACCCAGCUGUGUGAGUUCCCUGAGCUGGAGAGAGGAGAAGUGCACAUGGGCUGCUACGACCCGGAGGAUGAGCUGUGGGAGAAGCUUCCUGGCCUGCCGUUCUUGACGCAUGCAUGCUGUGCCUCUGCAGCUGACAAAAUCUACAUCUCCGGUGGCGCCUACAGGAAUUCGUACUCCACAGCUGUCUACGAGUUCAGCUUCUUCAAUGGCAAAUGGUUGCAGCUCCCGUCCAUGGAUACACCCCGGGCCGCACACGGCUUCCUGUGCCACAACGAGAAGCUUUUUGCCAUGGGGGGCUGGUGCAAAUUCCAAACCUUUCUCACCUCAGCCGAGUGCUUUGAUUUUGGAAAGCAGACGUGGGCAGCCAUUGCAAAGCUUCCGUUUGCUCUAAGCCACCCUGCAACAAGCGUCUUCCGUGAAAAGCUGUACCUCUUUGGUGGGGCAACAGGCAUUUCAAGCAGCUGGUUGUUCCACCGAGGGUUCCUAAUCUAUGAGGUCAACUCCAACUCAUGGACCCAAGUGCCUCUGGCUACGGGAUUCUUUUCUGCAGGAGCGGUGGCUGUGGAGAACGGGAUCUACGUGAUCGGGGGAUACUCCGAGAAGAAAACCCGAGACUGGGUAGAUGGAGCCCUCUUGCCUGAGAAUCGCCACAGCAGCCGGAAAUGCUUCUUUGUCAAUGAGGGGGGCAAAGUGAGCCAUGGCACCACCAUCCCCAAAUUGCCACGGGGGGUUGCCAAUGCAGGGGUGGCCUACUGUGGCAAAAGGAUCUACGUGCUGGGUGGGGAAGACCUCACCCAGCGCUACAAGACGAUCUACCACUGGGAACCUGGGGAAACCCGCUGGCAUCGCUCCGCCACAGAAAUCCCGGUGCCCCGGGAAGGCAUCAGCAGGUUUGGGUGUUCUGCCCUGCUGAGACCCAGGCAGCACAUUCUCCAGCUUUUCCAGUGUACCUCUCUCGCUCCAGUGGCUGCCAUCAGCAACUAG